AUGCAACGUCUUCCUCCAGCUGGAUGGUCACGUCACCAUUUAGUUUAUCCUCAUCGAUGUUUUUAUUGUUCACCUAAUUCAAAUCCAUCUGAAUAUACACGCCCAAUUUCUCGCUUAUCAGAACCACCAAUCCCAAUGCCCGAACCUUUUCAUUUUCCUGAUACAACAAAUAAUUUCACCAAAAAUUUAAGAAAAUAUCAUUCUAAUGAUCGUUGCCAUUGUCAUUUUGCUAAUUAUAAUAAUAUUCGUGCAUCUGUAAACGAUAGCAUAAUAGCUGUAUCUCCUGUUAGUGAUCGCGAAUCUAUUUCGAUAACUAUAAACGAUGAAAAAUCUGAAAAAGGAAUCAAAAUUAAACGAAAAAAAUCCCCAAUGGAUAAUCCUCCUUGGUGGAGACGAGUUUAUUGGAUUUUUUUAACGAUAUUAAAUUUUUACGCUCUUAUAGGAAGCAUUGCUUUAAUUGUCAAUUUAUGCCUUAAGACUAAUCCAUUCGGGUCUUAUCAAAAUGUCGUCUCAAAUUACGUAUUCAUCAUAAUUACAACUUUAGAAUUGGCUCCUUGUGCAGCAAAUAUAUAUCAAAUCCAUCAAUGCAGUAAAGGCAAAAAAGAAUUAUAUUUUUUAUAUGGAAAAACACAUUUAACACAAAAACAAAUUAAUAAAAUGGAGCAUAUGACAGACGCACUUUGUUUUAUUUAUUGGAUAUUUUUAAGUUAUCAAAUUGCUCUUGAAAUACAAAAAAAUAUGGGUCAUUCAGUUGAAUUUAUUAUAUUAAAUGAUAGACAGCUACUUUAUCAAUAUUAA